CUCGGCUCUUUGCAGCAAUUGUUGAUGGUGUUGUUGGUGUUGGUGUUGUUGGUGUUGUUGUUGAUUCUUUUGCCGAUGCAGUCAGCUGCUGUGCUAUGCGCCCGCUCGCCCACAUUUGGAGUCGAUUAGGCGCCUAAUGAGCGCGCGCACUAACACAGUCGCACUCGAGCGCAAUCGCCGAGCCAUCAUCAUCGUCAUCUUCAUCAUCAUCAUCAGCAUCGUCAACUAGUUUGAAGCGGCGCCGCAACAAGUUUUGCAAAGUUAACCAAGUGAACCGACCGUGCAAUACGCUGCUCAAUGUAUCGCCAUCAGCAGCACCGUCAACGUCCACAUCAACGUCAACGUGAACGCCAGCUUCAGCGUCUGCGUCUGCGUCAGCGCCAGCGCCAAUGCUGUUGUCGCCAGCUAACGGUCACAGUGUAAAGUGAACGAACAACAACAACAACAAUAAGAACGCCCUCUGCUCGCCAGCAACAGCAACAACAACAACAACAACAACAACAACAAAUCAAAAUACACUUCGACCCUGCGGACAUUUUAAAGCACCAACUAGCACCUCGCCGCGCCGCACUUCGGGCCGCUCAUCAAGUUCUUUUCAAUUUUGAUUCGCUGCAGUGCGCAUCGAACGUCAACGUCAGCGUCAGCGAGGAGCUGGCUGCACCAGCAGAAACAGCUGAUUAACAUGUUGUUCGGGCCGAACGGCUGGCAACUGCACUGCUAAUUGCGAGAGUUUAGAGGCAACCCGCAACAACAACGACAACAAAGCGAAGCAGCAAGAACAGCGGCAGCAGGAGCAGAAGGUAGAAACCGAGAGCUGAGAAGAGCAAAAACAACAGCAAAACAAAGGAAUAAAAGGGCGCACUAAUUAAUCACAGUUAGGUCUGCUACGAGCAGCGGCUACAACAACAACAAAGUGAAGACCAGCUGGAACUGAAAAUAAAGGCGAGCGAAAGAGACAGACGUAUAGAGCGCGAAUAAACAAUAAGAGCGCGCCUGACCUGUAAACGCGCGCAGCUUACAGUUAUAAGCGAAGCCUAAAAGUAGAAGACAGUAUUAGGUCAGCCAAGGAAAACGAGCGUAUGUGUGUGAACACUUAUACGUAUAAGACAUAAGAACUAUUAACAAGUGACUUGAAGCAAAAUAGCCAUAAGUUUUACUUAUACUUCGCCUAUACGGCUGGAAGUAUUCGUAUAAGACGCAGGGCAGAAAUAAGAGACGUAUACCAAUUUAUACGUGCGUAAGCAGGACAGUAUAUGACGCAUUGAUUGGUCAGCUGUCAGCAAUUGAAUAGAACUCUCAGAAUAAAAUACUUAACAGAAUGUUAACGCGAUCGGUGUUACGUCUGCUGUUAGCAGCUAUGCUGCUGUUAACGCUAGCAGCGCAAUCGCUUGGCCACAGAGAUUGGAUGCAGAACUGCAGCAAUUGCCAUUGCCAUUGGAACUCGGGCAAGAAGAGCGCCGACUGCAAGGGCAAGAAGCUGACAAAGAUUCCGCAGGACAUGAGCAACGAGAUGCAGGUGGUGGACUUCUCACAGAACCAAAUACCCGAGCUGCGACGCGAGGAAUUCCAGGUGGCAGGCCUACAGAAUUUACAUAAGAUCUACUUGCGCAACUGCACGAUACAAGAGGUGAACCGCGACGCGUUCAAGGGACUGCCCAUACUGAUCGAGCUGGACUUGUCGAGCAAUCACAUAAAGCACCUGCACCCGAGCACAUUCGAAGGGGUGGAGAAGCUGCGCAUCGUCAACAUCAACAACAACGAGAUCGAAGUUCUCGAAAGCGGCUUGUUUGUCAAUUUGCCCUUUCUGUCGCGCGUCGAGUUCAACAACAACCGCUUGAAGCAGGUGCAGCUGAAUGUGUUUGGGGGUCCGCUGACCUCCAUUUCGCUGGAACAGAAUCAGCUGACGCACUUGAACAAGGAAACGUUCGCCAACCUGCCCAAGUUGACGUAUCUCUCACUGCAGGGCAACGCAUGGAACUGCAGCUGCGAGCUGCAGGAGUUCCGGGACUUUGCCAUAGCCAGGCGACUCUUCACACCGCCCACCGACUGCCGGGAGCCGCCUCAGUUGCGGGGCAAGCUGUGGAGUGAAGUGCCGUCGGAGAACUUUGCCUGCCGGCCCCGCAUACUCGGCUCAGUGCGCUCCUUCGUCGAGGCCAACCACGAUAACAUCACGCUGCCCUGCCGCAUCGUCGGCACACCCCGACCCAACGUCACAUGGAUCUACAACAAGCGGCAACUGAACCCGAAUCCCAACGACCAGCACUUGCGCAUACUGAACUCGGUGGGCGAGCAGGUCAACGGAAAGCAGCCACCUGUCCAGGUGUUGACCUCAGAGCUGCGCAUCUACGGCGUAAGGAACUCGGACAAGGGCGCCUACAUAUGCGUCGCGGACAACCGAGGAGGCAAGGCGGAGGCCGAGUUCCAGCUGCUGGUCAAUGGCGACUAUCUGGGAGCAGCAGCUGCCUCCGACGGCCUGGCCGGCAUCAGUGGAGCCAUUGGCGCCUCAACCAGCGAUCCACAGACGAGCAUCAUCUUAGUGAUCUGUGUGAUAGCGACGACAUUUCUCGUGCUGCUCAUCUUUGCGGUGCUGAUUCUGUUCUGGUACUGUCGUCGGGUGAAGACCUAUCAGAAGGACAACACAAUGAUGAGCGGCGAUGGCUUGAUCUCCUGCAAGCUGGACAAGACCCACAACAGCUCGAUGCUGGAAGGCUCUGUGAUCAUGGAGAUGCAGAAGAGUCUGCUCAACGAGGUGAACCCGGUUGAGAAGCCACCGCGACGCACUGAUAUCGAGAGUGUCGAUGGUGGAGACGACGGACACGAGAUCAAGAAGACCCUGCUCGAUGAAACGGCAUACGCCAAUCACACACGCGAUGACGAAACGCACUCGGUGGCGCUGUCAGACACGACGACCACGCCCCGUUCGCGACACGCCUACGUGGACGAUGCGUACGGUAAUAGCUUGCCACCGGACCUGCUGGCCUUUCCGGCCCGUGUGCCACCCACCUCGCCCUCGAUGCAGUCCUCGCAGUCGAACAUACCCGAUCAGGUGAUCUACGGCAUACGCUCCCCACCGCCACCGCUGACCAGUCCCGUCUACGCGCACAUGACGCCCCACGGCAUCUACGGCACCACCACCACCACGAUGGCGGCCCACAACGGCUUCAUGACUCUGCAGCACCCCAAGUCUCGCAAUCUCGCACUCAUCGCCACCGCCAACAGUCGCCACCAGCAGCAGCAGCAGCAACACCUGGCCGCGGCACUGCACCAUCAGCCAUCCGGCUCCUCCUCCGCCUCGCCCUUCUUGCCAGCGCCCGUUGUCUACUCGCCGGCCUCCAGUGCCGUCGUGAUGAAGCAGGGCUACAUGACCAUUCCACGCAAGCCGCGCGUGCCCAGCUGGGCGCCGAGCACAUCCAAUGCGGCUGCCGCAGCGGCUGCUGCUGCCGCUGCCGCCGCUCAGCACCAGCUCGGCGAGUUCCAGUCGCCCACUUCGCCGAAUCCCAGCGAAACGGGCACGGCGACCACUGUGGAGCUGCAAGCGGAACCGGUCUACGAUAAUCUGGGACUGCGCACAACGGCGGGCGGCAAUUCGACAUUGAAUUUGCACAAGGCACAGGGUGGCGGCGGGUCACAGGGUGCUCAGCAGCAGCAGCAACAGCAACAGUAUACAAUGCGCGAUCGGCCAUUGCCAGCCACGCCCAGCUUGACAUCGGUGGCCUCGGCCACAGCCAGCAAGAUUUACGAGCCCAUACACGAGCUAAUACAACAGCAAGCACAGCAGCAGCAAGCACAACAACAACAGCAACAACAGCAACAGCAGCAACAGCAACAGCACUUAUACAAUUCGGAUACGGAACCGUUAUAUGGCGGACGUCAUUACGGUAUUACGAUAUUGCCCGGCUCGAGCAUUAGCGGCGCUGGCUUGAAUUCGCCUGGUGCUGCUGCGGCAGCUGCGCCAAUGGCUAUGGGAGCGCAGGGGACGCCCGGGGGCGAUUCGCCAAAAAUGGCAAAGAUACCGCCCAGGCCGCCGCCAAAGCCCAAGAAGAAAAUGUCCGUCACGGCGACGCGCAGCGGCCAGGGCAGCACAAGUCAGCUGUUCGAUGACGAGGGCGAAGACGGCACCGAGGUUUAAUUUGGCAUAAAUGAACACACAGACAGAUGCCCCAACACCCUCCCCCUCCCCUUUUAACACUCUCUCUCACUCUCUACCCCUGCCCCUCAACUAGAAAGCGAAUUCAUUUGAAAUUGCCUUUAGCCCCAGCAAAUUGUAAAGAUGAUCUUAAAAUGGCCGAGAGAGAGAAUUAAACAAAAUGGCCGACAGCAGAGCUUCACUCUUAACAGCGACAGCUGCUCAUUCUGCACUGCUAAGACAGCAUAACUCCACUCUUAACAGCGAUAGCUGCUCAAUCUGCACUGCUAAGACAGCAGAGCUUUACUCUUAGCAGCGAAAGCACUGUUAGAGCCACAAUUGCAACAGCAGCUGCGCAGCAGGAGAGCCAGACAGCAGCGGGUUGUCCUGCUCUGCCUGCUUGCUUAUUACACACACACUCUCUCCUUCUCUGAUCCACAGCGUGUGGAUCUGUCUAUCGCACGUGCCGCUAAGCGCGUGCCUUGUGUGCCAAACCGACUGAUGUAGAAUUUAGUAAUUAAAGCGAGAAACGAUACGAAACACAACACACACACAAACGCAACAGCAAAUCAAAGAAGACGAACAUGUGCAGCGCCAGCAGCAGAAGCAGCGACGCCAGCAGCAGCACCGACGCCUGCAGCAGUGGCAGCGACAGCAACAGCUGAUAUGCCCCACAGGGUGAACCAGGCAAAUAGAUAUUGAACAAAAAGGACAGUACGUAAAAAAGUAAAUAAAAAGAAAAAAACAACAAAAACAAGAAUACAAAAAUA